AAGAAAGACUUUAAAAACUUUCACAGAAAACUCGAUUUUUUUCUGGGUUUUUUUCACCAUGAGUCGCUUGUACGACACCAUAGAGCCGUCGGUGAUCGACGAGCAGAUGCUCAAAGAUGCUGUGGAGGAACAAGGACCGAAAGGAGAAGCUGGACGCAUCGCAAAGCAAGAAGGAAUCGAUUUCGAUACAGUUCUUGCACUGAGACUCGAUUACAGAAAUAUUCUCAAGGUGGACAAUAUGUGGAACUUUGUGUCAUUGACAAAACUUCAAAUGGACAAUAACAUCAUUGAAAAGAUUGAAGGGUUGGAUAAACUUGUCAACCUUGAAUGGCUUGAUUUAUCGUUUAACAACAUUGAAGUUAUCGAGGGUCUCGACACUCUGGUCAAAUUACGUGAUCUGACCUUGUUCAAUAACAGAAUAACCAGAAUUGAGAACAUGGACACCCUGGUAAACCUUCAUGUCCUGUCAAUUGGCAAUAAUAAUAUCAAAGGACUUGAAAAUGUUGUCUACCUUAGAAAUUUCAAAAGCUUACGGACACUCAAUCUAAGUGGCAAUCCAUUUUGUCAAGACCAGAACUACCGUCCGUAUAUAAUUGCCCAUCUCUCGUAUCUUGUCUACCUUGAUUUUCGUUUGAUCGAUGCAUCCAGCAAAGAGACUGCACUAGAGCAGUAUCGGUAUGCAAUUGAAGAGAUUGUUCAUAACGAGACGUUGGCACAGAAAGCACUCGACGAAAAACAGGAGGAAGAAGCCAAAAGAAAACUGCAUAAGGCUGCAUAUGUGGAAGAUAUGGAUGGAAGAAAAUUAUUUGACAGUAUGAUGAAUGAUGACCCAGAAUCAUCGAAACUCUCAGCUCUACCUGGUGUCGAAGACAUCACAAAAAUAUAUGAAGAAAAAUUCCUAGGUCUGUGCCAAGGAAUGUUUGAUUUAGGUUUGAAAGAACAUGAGAAGAGAGAGGAGGAGAUAAAAUCAUUCACUGAUAGUAUCAAUGAAGCAAGAGAGGAGAAUAAAAAUGAAGGAGUUGAAUGUAUUAAUGAUUACUCCGAGUACAAAAAGAAGGUUCUACAAGAAAUUGCAAAUCUGAAUGAGAACUUCAUCAUUGAACGGUUGAUGAAUGAAUUGAGUGAUGAAAUUAUGGUUGUAUGGGACACUUUGAUGGGUCUGGAACUACAGCUGGUUGAUCAACUGGAGGAAACCAUCAAAGAUUUUGAGAGAAAUUUAGCUGAUAUGUAUGCUGGAUUCUUGGAGCAAAUUCGUGCACAUAUGACACAAAUGAGAGAAUUGGAACAAACACACAAUGAGAAACUACAAGACAUUGCAGUCCUCACGUUGGAAAAACUAAUGAAGAAUGAACUGGCAGAUGACCUACCAGAUGACGUUAGGAUGCUUUUUGUUGAUAAAGACACAGUAAUGGGUGCUGUAAGUUCAUCCCACGAAGCAAGAUUGUCAAAGAUUGACAACAAGGAGGAUGAGAUAAUCACAAGAGCCAAUCAACAUAUACAGUCACUCGUUGAAAAAAUCCACACGGAGGAAAUAACACGAAAUCGCAAACGUGUGGGAGAAAUCAACAACCUCACUGACCAUUUUCGAGAUGAAAUAGAUAGCUAUGAUAUUGGUGGAAUGACUUGAAUGAUUGGUGGAU